UCGGCCUAAUUUUAUUUUGAGGUUUUUUCCACUAAACGAAACGAAAGUAGGUAAACGGAAGAAGCCUUACGCCGGUGACCAAGAACUCCAUCGAUUUUGUCACAAACUGAUCAAUCAGAUGGAUAUCACAGAAGGAUCACCGGCUCUUCAUGGAUUCCGAAUGCCCGCAGAAUGGGAACCCCACUCUCAAACCUGGCUUGGUUGGCCUGAGCGCCCUGAUAAUUGGCGAGAUGAUGGAAUCCAUGGCCAGCGUAUUUUUGCUAAAGUUGCUUCUGCCAUCUCUAAGUUCGAACCCGUUACUGUCUGCGCCAGUGCCUCUCAGUGGGCUAAUGCACGCAACCAAUUGCCUCAUAGUGUGAGGGUUGUUGAGAUGGGUAUGAAUGAUUCUUGGUUUCGUGACAGUGGCCCAACUUUUGUUGUAAGUGAGAGAAAAUCAGGUUCAGGGAAGGUAGGGCACAAUGUUGCUGGCAUUGAUUGGAAUUUCAACAGUUGGGGUGGUGUUGAUGAUGGCUGCUACAAAGACUGGAGUCUUGAUCUUCUUGUUGCACGGAAGAUUCUUGCAAUUGAGAGGAUUCCUCGUUUUCCACAAUCCAUAAUUCUUGAGGGUGGAAGCAUUCAUGUAGAUGGUGAAGGGACCUGCCUCACGACUGAAGAGUGCUUGUUGAACAAAAACAGGAAUCCACAUCUGACCAAAGAACAAAUAGAAGAUGAGCUCAAAGCAUAUCUUGGAAUCAAGAAGAUUAUUUGGUUGCCUCGUGGACUAUUUGGUGAUGAUGAUACUAAUGGGCAUAUUGACAAUAUGUGCUGUUUUGUGAAGCCUGGUGUAGUCUUGUUGUCCUGGACGGAUGAUGAAUCAGACCCUCAGUACGAGCGAGCUGUAGAAGCUUUUACUGUUCUCUCAAAUUCUACCGAUGCUCAUGGUAGAAAAUUUGAAAUUAUUAAACUCCAUGUACCGGGGCCUCUCUAUAUGACGGAUGAAGAAGCUGCUGGAUUUGUUCAGGUUGGUGAGGCUAAACCGAGACUUCCUGGUACAAGGCUUGCAGCUUCAUACGUUAACUUUUACAUUGUUAAUGGUGGCAUUAUAGCACCCCAGUUUGGAGACCCAAAAUGGGACAAUGAAGCUGUCCGUGUCCUGUCUCAGGCCUUCCCUGAUCAUGAAGUGGUAAAAAUUGAAGGUGCGAGGGAAAUCGUUCUUGGAGGAGGUAACAUCCAUUGUAUAACACAGCAGCAACCUGCUGGUCCACAAGCUCAAUGAGCUUUGUACUAAGCUUUGCCACUUCAAAGUGGCAAAAAUGGCGUUUUUGUUAAAUUAAAACACAAACUUUUCUUUGUUUUUGUUGUGGUCGUUGGCACAUUGGAAAUUCGUGUGCUAGACUUGUAUAAUUUAUUUUUAAAGUUCUAUAUCCUAUGGUAUUGUAAUCGAUGGAUCUUAACCAGUAAAACUACAUUAAACCAAGUCACCAUCUUCUUUUAAGUGCUAAUCAACGAAACAAAGUUGAAUA